AUGGCAGCCAGUAAACCACAAUAUCCACUGGGCUCUCCUAAAGAGCAUAUUAAAAUGUGCAAAACCCACGAUUUACCUAUUGAUGUUAUAUGUGAGGAUUGUGAUGAAUUUAUUUGUGGAAAGUGUGCCAAGGCAGAUCAUAAAGAACAUGAAUGGAGCACUAUACCCACGGCAGCCAGCCAAAGGAGAAGAGGUCUGCUUAACUUUCUAAGAAAGAUCAGAAAAGAGGAUCUGCCUGGGAUUGAUGAGAAGAUGUGCAAGGUGUCAAAAAAGAUAACAGAAAAUAAAGAAUUGUGUGACUCUGAUAUCAAAAAGGUUCAGAGCCAUAUUGAUGAGAUAAUAACCAGGUUAUUAGAUAUGACGAAACGAAAUGUACAAAGAUUGAAAGACAAUUUGAAGGCUAACAAUGAUAAGCUAGAAAGUGUGAAAUCUGAAUUGGACAAAGAGAAGAAAAAAAUUGCGGAGUCAGUUGAGUUCAUGGAGGAUAACAAGAUAAGAUACAAUAGAGGAAAAAUCAGUGAUGUGGUGCUGGGAAGUUUGAUUGGAAAAACACUGGAUUUAGAUUAUAUCAACUUGACUGAAACAAGCUCAUUCAAGAAAGGAGAACAACGAAUAUUUUUGUUGCGGGCAUUGAUCUGUCUCUACAGUCGUCAGAACAGAGCCACUGACACCAGUAGGAAUCAGUCAGUGGACGGUGGACUACUGGUCACAUUGAGAGACAACGAAUCAGAUCUUUUCAAAUUAGAGUCACACAGCAGACGUCUGGUGAGACACAUCACAGUGACAGGUGACGUCAUCCAUGAGUAUGGGUACCAAGAGGACGGUCAAACCAGACUGUUUACAUGUCCAGCCAGAGUCACACAGAACAGUAACAGUGAUAUCUGUGUUGUGAACCGUACAAGUCUCACUACAGGUGAACUAGUGAUUGUGUCUGUCUCUGGUCGUAUGAAGUCAGUCUACCGUGGACAGAACAUGACAAAGAACUUCUUUCCAACUGAUGUAGUGUGUGACUCACUCUGUAACAUCCUUGUUACCGACAGAGCUAGUAAAAAUAUCCAUCUGCUGAGUCCUGUCGGGGAGUUCUUGAAGUUCUUGCUAUCAGGGAGAGAAGUGAACGGUCCAGCCAGAUUAUCUCUGUACAAGUCUACACUGUGGGUGGGAUAUUAUGAUGGACUUGUCAAAGUAUUUCAGUAUUAG